GAUGAUAUUUUUUUAACACCAUCACCAUCAAACAGAUGAUACAUAUCGAUAAGCCUACAGCUGAGAAAGAGUAGGAGUCAAUAAGUUUUUGAAGCUCAAGCUCAAAGCAUACUUAAUUUUAGAUAUUUUGCAUAUUGGCCCGUGCACAUACUUGCAAGCAGUGCCAAAAUUAGUCACAUAUUCACACACUCACUCUAAUACCCACACGAGGAAGUUCACAAGUAAUCGUCACCUAUAACUUUAUAAGGCACGUCAAUAGCCCAGUAGCCACAAUCAUAUAUCGCAAUGGUGAACUGUAAUGACGACGGACUCAAUCGAGUGGAUGUAAACGAAAUCCACUUGGCAGAAGCUACGGCUUUUGUAGAUCAGAUCAACAACUUCCUACGUCAUGAUGAGCACCUCAAAGCGAAGAAGAUGAUACCCAUCGACCCACCUAUGAAGUUAUUCGAGCGUACAAAUGAUGGAGUCCUGCUGCUCAAAUUUAUCAACAAGAUUGCUCCUGGAACAAUUAAAGAGAAAGAUAUUAAACUCGAUGUAGAUGUCACACGCCUGAAGACGCCAGGCGCUAAGGAUGCAUGGGAAAUCGCCGAAAAUAACAAUCACGUAGUUGCUGGCGCAAAGAGCCUGGGUUGCAAAGUGGUGAACAUUGGGUCUGAAGACAUAUUGAGUGGAAGUGUUGACUUGACAUUAGGCCUGGUGUGGCAGUUAAUCCGUGCAUACUUAAUGAAGUCCGUCAAUCUUGCGAGUCACCCUGAAUUGAUUCGCCUUCUGAAACCCGGAGAAAACAUCCUGAAGCUGAUGAAUCUGAGCUCGGAAGAAGUAAUCCUCCGUUGGUUCAACUACCAUCUAGGUCGGUCAGACACAGAGAAGCGAAUCAAAAACUUUGGUUCUGAUACAAAGGAUUGUGAGGCAUGGGUUCAUCUGCUGAAACAAGUAUGCGGGCGGGAAGCGGUAGACGCUGGUAUCGACGAGGUUAUGUCGAUUGCAGAUCCUGAGAAGCGUGCCGCUAAGCUUUUGGAAUGCGCUGGCUACCUAGAUUGUCGCGACUUCACAAGCCCCAAAGAUAUCGUGAAAGGACACGGUCGCUUGAACUUGGCAUUCACGGCUACAAUAUUCAACGAGUAUAUUGGAAUCCGUCUACCCACCGAGGAUGAGAUUGACGCAAUCUAUGAAGAACUUGAAGAGGUAAAAAAAAAACUGGGUGAAUGUCGGGAAGGAUGCAAGCAUCUAUGCGAUCAUGUACUCGAGUUGGAGCGAUCGAAGGCUGCAUUGGAGGAGCUUAUCAAAGAGUUGGAGGCGAAGACAGAGAACAUUGAUCAGCAAUGCAUAAUCAAAAACCAAGAGUACAAGAACAUCAAGAACACAAAGAAUGGUGAGGUUGAGCGUUUGACGGAUAUCCUAAAGGAGAAGACUGGAAAGGCUCAGACAGCCGGAGAAGAAAUUGAAUCUUCGCGCUUCAACUUUGCAAAGCUAGAGGCGGAGAAGGCGAGCGUCAUUCAUGAACAGAUUGCGCGCAUUCAAGUUCUUGAGGAAGAACUUCGACUAUUGGCUAUCGAAUCAGAGGACUUAACAGCACAAAUUGAGGGCAAGGGAUCAGAUAUCUCGAGCAUGACCGAGAAGCUAUUGAGGACACAGGCAGCCAGUGGUGAUAAGUCACGGUUAGUUCAAGACCACGUUGAUAGUUGCAACGCGGCUAUCAGACAACACGCCAGCAACUUGUCCGACGAGUUCAAGGCCCAGGUUGGUACCAAGCCUAACAACAAUGCAACCAAGUCCGCAGACAGCGCUGAGGGCGAUGAUGUUUCGUCAGAAGUGGGUGCCGAUACUACUGUUACCGCAAAGCCUACACCUGAAGAUGGUGAAGAUGAGGAAUACCGAGCGCUCAAGGAGAACCAUGACAUGCUUGGGUCGCUGUUGAAAGCAUAUUCAGCGGAGAUUGAAGCGGUAGCGGAAGGCUUUGACAAGCUGAAAGCUCAAGAGAAGGAUAGACUCAACCAAAUUAACAAGGCCGUCGAAGAGUUCCUUGGCGAGGGUCAGACAGCAGUUGGUGAUGGUAUCGCCAACAUGAAACGUCUGCUAGAAUUGAUGAUGGAGAAAUGUAAGAAGCAAGCCAUCCAGAUUGCAACUUUGGAGAAGAGAAUCGACCAGAAGAACCAAAUGAAUGAUCUUAUGGCCGACAAAGUCCGUGUUAUCGUUGAGCAGAAGAUGUUCCAAAACAGCAAACGACCCAGCAAGAAGAAGGGGUUGGGUGUCAAAACUGCUGGCGCUCAAUAAUCUAUUUUCGAAGUGCUGUCAUCAGUUAUUUACACUAAGCUGUAGUGCGCUCAGCCUGCUUAGUAUUUGUAGAAAAAGAAUACUAUUUGAAGAGCAACUACGUAUCGCUGAUAUCCCUUGUAUGGGUGCUUGGCUCAGUGAGCAGGCGUUACGUAUUCGGAAGUGACGGCAUCUUCUUGGGUCGGAUCCGGUGGUUUACUAGGAUUUGUAGUAUUCUAUGGUGACAUAGUCAUACCUUACUGUGCAAAGAUGAAAUUCAGGCAUGGAUAUGAAUAAAGUCUGUAUACAACGCA